UUUUUGUUGCCCUGUUCAGGACUUGAAGAGUAAUGCAACAGAAGGCUUUUGAGGAAAGCAGAUACCCCUGGCAGGAGUCCUUCGAGAAUGUUGCUGUGUGCCUGCCAUUCCGCUGCCCGAGGUGUGGAGACCAUACCAGAUUUAGAAGUCUGUCCUCGUUGAGGGCCCAUCUGGAAUUCAGUCACAGCUACCAGGAAAGAACCCUCUUGACCAAAUGCAGCCUCUUUCCGUCCUUCAAAGACACAGACCUAGUUACUUCCUCAGAACCCCUGAAGCAGGGAAAACUGCAGGGCACCGGCCACGUGGUGAAGCAGAAACCCAGCUAUGUGAACUUGUACAGCAUCUCGCACGAACACUCCAAGGACAGGAAGCCAUUCGAGGUGGUGGCCGAGCGGCCCGUGUCCUACGUGCAGACCUACACGGCACUGGACCUGCGUGCAGACUCGCUGGAGGGGCCGCGCUCCAGUCCCGGACUGCCCACCCCGGACACCAAAGCCGCUUUCGAGGCUCAUGUCCGAGAAAAAUUCAACCGGAUGGUCGAGGCCGUGGACAGGACCAUCGAGAAGAGAAUCGAUAAGCUCACCAAAGAGUUGGCCCAGAAAACUGCCGAACUGUUGGAAGUUCGGGCGGCCUUUGUGCAGCUGACGCAGAAAAAGCAGGAGGUGCAGAGGAGAGAGCGGGUCCUGAACCGCCAGGUAGAUGUGGCGGUGGAGAUGAUCGCUGCACUGAGGCAGCGCCUGACCGAGUCCGAGGAGGAGCUGCUGCGGAAGGAAGAAGAAGUCGUUACAUUCAACCAUUUCUUGGAAGCAGCAGCUGAGAAGGAGGUUCAAGGGAAAGCUCGGCUCCAGGACUUUAUUGAGAAUCUGUUGCAGCGGGUCGAGCUGGCGGAAAAGCAGUUAGAGUACUAUCAAACCCAGCAGGCCGCUGGCCUCUGCCGAGACAUCAGCGAGCACGUGCUUACAGAUAUCUCCUCAAAUAGGAAACCCAAAUGCCUAAGUAGAGGGCACCCACAUCCUGCAUGUAACCACGCUGAUCUCAAGACCCACUUCCAUCCAAAAGGAAGGAGCUACCUGAGAAAAGCCAAGGAUGAUAGAACCAGCAUGCAGCCUGCUAAAUCCAUUCACGAACAGGCUGAGUCCCCAAGAGAACUCUGCAGACCGGCAAAGAAAGGGGAGCCUCUGGGGUUUUGCCGGAAAGGCAACAUCAGGCCCAAAAUGGCUAAAAAAAAGCCAACAGCGAUUGUGAACAUCAUCUAGAAGAGUCAUUGGCGGGCUUUGCAGAAUGUUGCUCUGAGGGCCAACGCUGAGUGUUCUGUACCCUGAGACCAAGCUGCAGCCUCUGUCUUCAAAGCCAAUAGUGGUGCCUGGGGCUGGGACGGAAAACCCCAUCAAAACCUUCCAACCACGAAACUCUUUGAUCAACACCCAUCACCAGUUCCAGGUCUGAAGGGCUGGAACAGCAGCGGAUGGCACGUCUAGUGCCCCGUGAGCCAGGGCCUGGCAAUGCUGCAGACGUGACUCAGCCCUUCCCUGCUUCCCUGGGAGUAGCAGCAGCCACUGUGGGCUGUGGACAUGACUGUUCCCUUGCUGGCCUCACUUUUCCACCUCCCGCUGCUUCUGUGCCCUUUGAUGACUAAAUAUACGUCCUUACCUUUCGACCAGGUGUUUGAAGCUUUCACUGGACACUGCUUUCUAAAGUAGUUUCUGAAACGGUGCAUGUGGGGUCCACAGUCUAAGACUGUUCUCCUGUCCUUCCCUAAAAUAGCCUUUGUUUCCACAAAGAACCAUCUGUUAAGGGCCUCCUGCUUAUGGUUCUCUUCAAGAAUGAAUUUCCAUGUUAAACUUUUUUUUUUUUUUUUAAAUGUUAACAAUAUCAUCAGGUCUUCUGCAGAGUUUACAAGUACUGACACCCUUCUGGAAAAAAGAGUAGUUAUGUCCACAAAUGUAUACAUAUACAUAUACAUAUAUAUAUAUAUAUAUAACACAAAAUAUAUAUGUCAGGUAUAUUAAUAAUUUAUUUUUAAAUACUCAUGCAAAAGGUGUGUGUUUGUGGUGGGUGGUUUUUAAACUAUAUACAUUAGUUCAUGUAAGCUGAAUUCUCUUACUUUGAAAAUUAAAAUUGUAACCUAAUUAACAUUAGUAGAAUGAUUGUUAUUGUAAUAAACACCAGAUUAGCAAUGCAUUAAAAAUAGGUAUAAUGCAGUUACUUAAAAUGCCAGUAAGUCAAAAAGUGUAACUUAUCAUUAUACAAACAUUUUGAACCUAUCAUAGUGAAAAUGUUGGUUUUUGAACCUUCACUUUGACAUCUGGCUCACGGGGGUGAGCCAUCCGUCUGGUGUAUAGGCAACUAUCAAGUGGGAAAAAAACAGUGCUGUGAAGUGAAUAUCACUGUUUAGGCUAACAUUGUAAAAAUUGUAGUGUUACAAUUAUUGUUUAUCUGGAGAGUUACUCUCCUCCAAAGUUAUAUAUUACUGAUGUUUAUACCAUGAUUGCACUCUAGCCUUUUACAUACUAAAAAGUGGACUCGUUAGUUGUGUGGCAUGCCCUUUGUCCUGUAACACGUGUGUGCAAAGACAACAGCUUGUUUUUAAAGGUGGUAGAGCCAGAUUUUUUUCAUUUUAUUUAACAUAACCUACAUUUCCAGUUUUAAUUUAAUAUGCCUUGAGGGCAUGACAGCUCUCUUUGACAGUGGUACUCUGUGAUCUUCAGAAAGCACCAUAAUGUCAUAGCUACUCGAUGUACAUUACACAAGACAAAUGACUUUUAAGAUUAUAUUAAAAAAUUCUUUUUAAUUCCAACUAAAUUCUGACCUUUAUACAAGGUACUGCAUUAUAUAUGUUGUGCAUCUUUAGAGACAUAAAUUUGCUGUUGAACAUGGGAGCUGGCUCACUUUAGGGGAUAUUUCAUUUACAUGUCAUGGCCUGGGCCAUGUACCAUGUCCCACUUGGGUCUUAUUUUUAAAUAUAUAUAUAAUUUUUGUCCACAUGGCCAGUCAACCUGCGAGUUGAUUUUUGGAGAAAUUACCAAAGUUCCUGGGAAAACAUGUUCAAGGCUAAACUGAAGAAUGGAUCUAAUUUUAUUAUCCGUUUUGUAAGGAAGAAAUUUUUCUUUGAACUCGUCUUUCAUUCUUUUAUUCCUAAACUAGGUUAUAGAUUUUCAACUGCAAAGUUCAGGUUGCUAAGACACUGUUUUCUAGCAUUCUGCAGGGUAGAUCAGUUUUAUGGAAUCUGGAAUGUUCUUUUCCCAGAAUUAAAAAGAAAAAGUUUUUAGAUUAUUAAAUAAAUAUUAUAAUAAUAAAGCUAUAUUUAUGACUAA